UCCCUCCACGGGUAAAUGUUGGCGACGUGCAAACACAACCACACGCUGCACUUCUCUCACACGCUCGUGGCAACGACGGAAAGCUGCCAUGGCCGAGGACCCCUGCCUGGCCGCGCGCCGCCUGCGUGCAGCUCCCACGCGCGGGAUUCCCGCGUUCGCCUCUGCGUCCGCCUCCCUCGUGCCCCAGACGCCCCGCCUCCUGCCACCUCCGCGCGUCUCAUUGGCCAGGCCCCGAGCAAACCUCGGCUCCCGACUGGCGGCUGCGCCUAUCGCUCUGGGCGACAGAGACAUUUCCGCAUUGGGGGGGCUGGAGGGUGGCUGCUCCGACUGGAGGGGGAGGGGAGGUGUGUGGAGAAAGUGGGGGCUCCGGAGUCGGGAGGCGGCGGGCGGGCGGGUGGGCACGGUCUCCGGGUGUUCGCGUGCGACGGGAGUGGAGACGGGGCCGCUGCGGCCACACUCGUGCAUCCUGCAAGACUCGAUCCCGGGCCCUCAGCUUCCCAGCCGUGGAAGGGAGAGGAAGACCUUAGCAAAGCGAUGUCUCAAGAUGGUGCUUCUCAGUUCCAAGAAGUCAUUCUCCAAGAACUAGAAUUAUCUGUGAAGAAAGAAUUAGAAAAAAUACUCACAACAGCAACCUCACAUGAGUUUGAGCAUACUAAAAAAGAUCUUGAUGGAUUUCGGAAGCUAUAUCAUAGAUUUUUGCAAGAAAAGGGACCUUCUGUAGACUGGGGUAAAAUCCAGAGACCUCCAGAAGAUUCGAUUCAACCCUAUGAAAAGAUAAAGGCCAGAGGCUUGCCUGAUAAUAUAUCUUCUGUGUUGAACAAACUGGUGGUGGUGAAACUCAAUGGUGGUUUGGGAACCAGCAUGGGCUGCAAAGGCCCUAAAAGUCUGAUUGGUGUAAGAAAUGAGAAUACCUUUUUGGAUCUUACUGUUCAGCAAAUUGAACACUUGAACAAAACCUACAAUACAGAUGUCCCUCUUGUUUUAAUGAACUCUUUUAACACGGAUGAAGACACAAAAAAAAUACUUCAGAAGUACAAUCAUUGCCGCGUGAAAAUCUACACCUUCAAUCAAAGCAGGUACCCUAGGAUUAAUAAGGAAUCUUUACUUCCUGUAGCAAAGGAUGUAUCUUACUCAGGGGAAAGUACAGAAGCUUGGUAUCCUCCAGGGCAUGGAGAUAUCUAUGCUAGUUUCUACAACUCUGGCUUGCUCAACACCUUUCUAGAAGAAGGCAAAGAGUAUAUUUUUGUGUCUAACAUAGAUAACCUGGGUGCCACAGUGGAUCUUUAUAUUCUCAAUCAUCUAAUGAACCCACCCAAUGGGAAGCGCUGUGAAUUUGUCAUGGAAGUCACAAAUAAAACACGAGCAGACGUAAAGGGUGGGACACUCACUCAGUAUGAAGGCAAACUCAGACUGGUGGAAAUCGCUCAAGUGCCAAAAGCACAUGUUGAUGAAUUCAAGUCUGUGUCAAAGUUUAAAAUAUUUAACACAAACAACCUAUGGAUUUCUCUUGCAGCAGUUAAAAGACUGCAGGAACAGAAUGCCAUUGACAUGGAAAUUAUUGUGAAUCCAAAGACUUUGGAUGGAGGCCUGAAUGUCAUUCAGUUAGAAACUGCAGUUGGAGCUGCAAUUAAAAGUUUUGAAAAUUCUUUAGGUAUUAAUGUUCCAAGGAGUCGAUUUCUGCCUGUGAAGACCACAUCAGAUCUCUUGCUUGUGAUGUCAAACCUCUAUAGCCUUAAUGCAGGAUCUUUAACCAUGAGUGAGAAGCGGGAAUUUCCUACAGUACCCUUGGUUAAAUUAGGAAGUUCUUUCACCAAGGUUCAAGAUUACCUAAGAAGGUUUGAAAGUAUACCUGAUAUGCUGGAAUUGGACCACCUCACUGUUUCAGGAGAUGUAACAUUUGGGAAAAAUGUUUCAUUAAAGGGAACAGUUAUCAUUAUUGCAAAUCAUGGUGACAGAAUUGACAUCCCCCCUGGAGCAGUGUUAGAGAACAAGAUUGUAUCUGGAAAUCUUCGAAUCUUGGACCACUGAACUAAGUGAUGCCAGAUAUACUUUAUACUAAUUAUGGCUAAAGAGUUUCUUACAAUAAAAUGUUCUCUACGAUUCUCAAAGAAGCAGGUACUUUUACUGCGCUGUACUCUGCAGUGUUGAUUUUUAAAGUAGAGUUUUCUGCAGUGUGCUUUUAGCCUAAGGAAAGCCUAGAUGGAGCAAUACUUUCCUUCUCUGAUGAAGAGCCUAGGUAGUUCAUCUUAAAGUGCAAUAUUAUUUAAUCUUAGAACUGGGCCAGCUCGGCCAGUCUCUAACAGAAGCUUGAGUGAUGGCCACUUUGAAUUGCCUUUGAUUUUAAAAAAUAAAAUGAUACAACAAUC